AUGGCCACGGACAUCAUCGAACUCUCAGAUGAUGAGGAUACGGAAUCAGCCUCUGAAGAUGGCUUUGAGGGACCAGCCAAGCCGCCUCCUCGGAAAAGGAAGGUCGAGCUGGAAUUCACGGAAAAGGUUCAGUGGACGGAUGAAUCAGACAGUGCGCCUUCCAGGCCAAAGAAACGAAGGGCCAAACGCAAAUCCACCGGGAAAAAGAAAGCAGAAAAGAAAACUGGAGAUGGAGACCACACAGAAGACGACUUGGAGAGAGUGGACCUGCCUGACUAUCUGAUUGAACGAAGACGAAACUUUGAUGCCAAGAGGAGGUUAUACCACGAAUCCGCCCUAAUGUUGCCACCUGAUUAUACGGAUGUCGAAUUCGAUGAGUCAAGGAGGCUUAGAGAGCUGAAAGAGAGACCAGAUUUCGACCCAAGAAGUGGUAUCAAACCGUCUCGGCCGUAUAAAGAUAUCGAGCUUCCUCAGUCAGGAGGCCUAAUUCCGGCAUCAAUCGCACAGUACUUGCGUGAUUACCAGGUGGAAGGCGUCCGGUUUUUGCACAAAAAGUUUGUCUACCAAGAGGGAGGCAUCCUGGGUGACGACAUGGGCCUUGGCAAGACGGUUCAAGUGGUUGCCUUCUUGACGGCGGCCUUUGGGAAGACAGGAGACGAACGAGAUGGCAAACGCAUGAGACAGAUGAGACUUCUUAGCGAGAGAUGGUACCCCAAGAUACUCAUUGUCUGCCCCGGAUCUCUCAUUAUGAACUGGAGAAACGAGUUGAGCCGAUGGGGAUGGUGGCAUGUGGAUCUGUUUCACGGAGCCAACAAGGACGACGUGCUUGGUGCGGCUCGCGCCGGGAUGCUGGAAAUCAUGAUUACAACUUACGAGACGUAUAAAAACUCUCGCAGCUCCAUCAACAUGGUGCAGUGGGAUGCCAUCAUCGCCGACGAGUGUCAUCGCCUCAAGGAUCGCUAUUCGGAGACUACCAAGGCAUUGCAAGAAGUCAAUGCGCUUUGUCGGAUUGGUUUAACAGGAACAGCCAUACAAAAUAGAUACGAGGAGCUCUGGACACUAUUGGAUUGGACCAACCCAGGCCAUUUUGGCACCAAAGCAGAGUGGUCGCACACCAUCACGAAACCCCUGACCGUCGGCCAGUCUCAUGAAGCAACGGUUGCGCAGCUGAGUCUCGCGAGGCAGACGGCAAAGAAAUUGGUUCAGAAUCUUCUUCCUAGGUACUUCUUGCGCCGUAUGAAAUCUCUGAUAGCUGAUCAAUUACCCAAAAAAUCCGACCGAGUCGUCUUUUGCCCCCUUACGGACUUACAAAUGGAAGCAUACGAGAAUUUCCUCGACAGCAAAGAAGUAGCAAUACUGAGGACGGCUUCGGAAGAUUGUGAGCACGGAGGCAAAAGAGGUUGGUGUUGCGAUGAGUUUCUCCCAAAUGGCAAACGCUGGCAAACCGUCGUCUUCCCAAGCAUGAUAAUUCUGCAAAAAUUGGCCAACCACCUGACUCUGCUGGUGCCGCAGACGACGGAUUUAGAAGAAAAGCACGAGCAAGAACUCGCGACACUCCAAACCUGCAUGCCUGACACGUGGAGAGUGCUAUAUGAGAAGAGAGAUCGGAUUAGUAACCUGGUCAAUCCCGAGUUCUGUGGCAAGUGGAAAAUCCUGAAGAAGCUGCUCAAAUUUUGGCAUGGCAGCGGAAACAAAGUCUUGGUAUUUUCUCAUAGUGUGCGGUUACUUCGCAUACUGCAGCACCUUUUCACUAAUACAAGCUACACUGUGAGCUACCUGGAUGGUUCCCUGAGCUAUGAAGCGCGGCAGGAUGUGGUGGAUACGUUCAACUCCGACCCCACGCAAUUUGUGUUUCUCAUAUCGACCAAGGCUGGUGGUGUCGGGCUAAACAUCACCUCGGCUAACAAGGUAGUCAUCAUCGACCCUCACUGGAAUCCUGCGUAUGAUCUACAAGCGCAGGAUCGAGCCUAUCGAAUUGGUCAGACUCGCGAUGUCGAAGUCUUUCGGCUCAUUUCCGUGGGGACGAUUGAGGAAAUCGUCUAUGCCCGGCAAAUUUACAAGCAACAGCAAGCAAACAUCGGAUAUACUGCGUCGUCUGAGCGGCGAUAUUUCCGUGGCGUUCAGCAGGACACUGAACGGAAGGGUGAAAUCUUCGGACUAUCCAACAUUUUCACCUACCAUAGCAAUAUGGGGUUGCUUCGCGAUAUUGUGAACAAGACAAACAUCGCUGAGGCUAAAGCUGGGGUGCACUUGGCUGAUGUUGACAUGGAAGAGGCAGCCAAGGACGGGGAAGAUUUAGGAGUCGUGAAACAGGAAGAGGGCACCGACUCAGAAGACGGAGGACUGAGCCAGCUGGCUGACUUGCUGACUUCAGGCGACCAGCAAAAAACACUCGAAGCUAAAAAGGCAAAGACAAGCCGUCUAAAAAGCGAUGCGGUGCAAGCUAUUCUCACAGCGGCUGGUGUGGAGUAUACGCACGACAAUUCUGAAGUGAUUGGAUCUUCCAAGGUAGAAGAGCAGCUCUCGCGGCGGGCGGCCAUGAGACUGUUUGGGGAAGGGGACCUUGCGGGCCAAACUACUUUAUUUGCUGAUAGCGACGAGAGUGACGGGGACGGACUACACAGCUCAUACAAGCCGCCCGAAGAUGUUUGCUUGCGCCAAUUUUGUGAGAUGGCUAGGGAAUUUGGCUUUGCCAAUGCUACAGACUUUGCCCUCAUUGUGGAAAACUGGACAACAGAAGCGAGAAGGAACUGCUUGAAUUCAUUCUAUAAGAGGCGCGAGACUAAGCUGGAAAAGGAGGGAUUUCUUGAUGCAAAGGAGGGUAUAGCCAACCGCCAAGGAUCAUCGACGGACGCGAAAAAGGAAACGAGUGAGGGGGUGAAACGCGAAAUCAAAUCAAAAACGAAGGCCGAAGAUGUCAAGGACGAGAAAAUAGACAUGAAAAAACAAGAAAACACCGACGAGGAGAAGCCGAUACCGGUGGACAGCAAGUCUAAGCGGACUUCGAUUUUCCUCUUGGAUGACGACGACGACGAUGAGCUUUGA